GGGAGGAGGCGCGCGGCCGGAGGUGGUGCGCGCCCACGUCUGUUUGUCUUUGCAGAGGUCAGUCCUCCUAGCUGCCCCUUCCCGGAGCAGCCUAAGAAGGGAAAGCAAGCCCUUCGUCCAAGUAGACCCCUCCUGGUCUUUUCCGGCUGCCGGCUUUUCCCUUAUUGCUGCAUUAAGGGGGCUUCGGUUUGCCCAUCUUUAAAAUGGAGUGAAAGCACAGACCUGCCCACCCCGUAGAGGUGCUGAAGCCCCGAUGAGAUCACGACUGGGAAUGGAAUGAGCAGGCGGCUGAAGCAGCUGCACUGAAGGAGUGCGCGACCCUGACCGAUGGCAGUGGCCCGGCGUCCUUCACGUCUCCAGCCCGUGGAUGGAUGGAGGAAAGAGCAACUCCAGGGAUUUCCCCGAGCCCAGCCUGGGCCUAGGACCCGGGGAGGCAGUGAGAGGGAUCCCCGGCGGCCCCGCGGCCGGUCCACCCCCACCCUACAGUGACCCAGAGCCCUCGGAGAACCAGGACUCCUGGUGGUUCUCAGGACUCCAGGAAAGGAACGCGCCGCUGAAUGUACAGUGCUUAACACCCCCUUCGUCUCUCCCCAGCCAAAACCCGGCCCACACUGUGUCGAAGUGGAAGGGGAUGGAUAGUUUUAUAUUUCACAACUAUCUAGGGAUGGGAGGUUUGAUAAAGGUUGCUGAAUGAAAAGGAAAAUUCGAGCUUCACCCCAUUUAUUUGUUCUUUCAGAAAUCAUUAUUUUGGCGGUACUGGGGAUCGAACUCAGGACCUCGAUCACGUUAGGCAAGUGCAAGUGCUCGUCCGCUGAGCUAUCCCCCAGCCCAGGCGUUACUUACUGAGCACCUACUGCGGGCCUGCGACUCCCGCAGCCUAGGGCUUCUAGCCCUGCACCCCAGGAGGCAAGAUCUGAUGUUACACCACUGGUGCGUUCUGCCGCAGCUUCGGAUCCAUCCGGAAAGCUCUCAGACAGGUUCCUCAGCUAGACUGCACUCGAUUGAAUCGGUCUGUCUCACAGCUCAAGUAGGCGGUUCGCUGCUGCUGUUCCAAGGCCCAAGUGAGAUCUUACUGCGCACGCGCGUUAGACAGCGAUGGAGUCACCAAUGGAGCCGUCCGGAGUGGAGCAAGAACCUGGAGCCGUCAGGUACCGAGUGCUGGAGGGACCGAGGGAGGGUAGAGACCCAGGCGAGGGGAGCGGAGCCUCAGCCCGCGCUUACGAGCCGGAGCUCAGGAGAACAGCGGAGGCGGACCGGGAGGUAACCGCGGCCGAGGGACGCCGACGCCCCUUUCCACGCAGGCUACUGGACCUGCCCUGGGAAGACGUGCUGCUCCCUCACGUCCUGAGCCGCGUCCCCCUGCGCCAGCUGCUCCGGCUGCAGCGCGUCAGCCGGGCCUUCCGGGCGCUUGUGCAGCUGCACCUGGCUGGGCUGCGCCGCUUCGACGCCGCUCAGGUGGGGCCGCACAUCCCGCGCGCCGCCCUGGCCCGGCUGCUGCGGGACGCCGAGGGGCUGCAGGCGCUGGCGCUGGCGCCGUGUCACGAGUGGCUGUCGGACGCGGACCUGCUGCCCGUGCUGGCGCGGAACCCGCAGCUGCGGAGCGUGGCGCUGGCCGGCUGCGGGCAGCUGAGCCGCCGCGCGCUGGGCGCGCUGGCCGAGGGCUGCCCCCGCCUGCGCCGCCUGUCGCUCGCACACUGUGACUGGGUGGACGGGCUGGCGCUGCGCGGCCUGGCCGACCGCUGCCCGGCGCUGGAGGAGCUGGACCUCACCGCCUGCCGCCAGCUCAAGGACGAGGCCAUCGUGUACCUGGCGCAGCGGCGCGGCGCCGGCCUCCGCAGCCUCUCUCUGGCGGUCAACGCCAACGUGGGCGACACCGCGGUCCAGGAGCUGGCCCGGAACUGCCCUCGCCUCGAGCACCUCGACCUCACCGGCUGCCUCCGCGUCGGGAGCGACGGUGUCAGGACGCUGGCCGAGUAUUGCCCCGCGCUGCUCUCACUGCGGGUGCGGCACUGCCACCACGUGGCCGAGCCCAGCCUGAGCCGCUUGCGGAAACGAGGCGUGGACAUCGACGUGGAGCCCCCGCUGCACCAGGCCCUGGUACUCCUGCAGGACAUGGCGGGCUUCGCGCCCUUUGUCAACCUGCAGGUCUGACUUCUGUCAGGGGAGUCAGCUGAACUGUGCGGGGCGGCCUGGCACGGGGCUGCAGGGAAACUGGACUGUGGGGGCCGCUGUGCCCUGCCCCACCCUAGAACCUCAAAUAAAGACCUCUUUGCUGUC